CCUCCCUUCAAGAUGGCAGCUCCACGCCGGCCUUGGUGGCCGCGGUUGUUCCUGUGGAAAUUGUGGCAAACCCGGAGGUUUCCACAGAGUUCGGCGAUACACCGGCACCUGCGAGCGAGGACUUACUCCGGAGGAGACGGCCCAUACUCGCGCACGGCGCUCUACGAGCUGCUCGGCGUUCCCUCUACAGCCACCCAAGCGCAGAUCAAGGCGGCUUACUACCGGCAGAGCUUCCUCUACCAUCCCGACCGCAACUCGGGAAGCGCCGAGGCUGCCGAGCGCUUCACGCGCAUCUCCCAGGCCUACCUGGUGCUGGGCAGUGCCACCCUCCGUCGCAAGUACGACCGCGGACUGCUCAGCGACCAGGACCUACUCGGGCCGGGCGUCCGGCCCUCGGCGGCGCCCGCGGCCGACCCGGCUCCCCGCGCCCCGCCGUCCAGCUGCCGGGCCCGUGAGGCUGGCGGGGCCGCCUCGGGCGCCCCCCGCACCAUGUUCAACUUCGACGCCUUCUACCAGGCGCACUACGGAGAGCAGCUGCAGCGCGAGCGGCGCCUCCGGGCCCGGCGGGAGGCUCUUCGCAAACAGCAGGAGGACCAGGCCAGGAAGGGGUUCCAGUGGGAGGAAACCCGGGACGCGACUUUCAUUUUUCUUCUCCUCUUAAUAUUCAYCCUCAUCGGCCUUCGUAUUUGAUGAGAGACGGGAGGGCAGGAGAAGUGCCCAGCCAGCCCCGAGAAAACGCCC